UUAUGGCGGCUGCGCGCUGAGACGAUGUGGCUCCUGACUGACUCUGUGCUGUGGACACACGGACCGCGGCGGCGGGAUUCAGGCUGUGGGUCAGUGAACACAGGUGACUGAUGUCCGAGCUGCAGACUGAAGGAUUUGGGAAAUGCAGGGUUACGCGUCCAGAAGCGGAGAGAGACAGCAGCUGCAGCAGCGCAGCGGAAACACGCCGAACCAAGAUGGCGACUGUGAGGAGGAAUCCGGGGCGCCGGAGAACCGAACCGAUUAUUCGGAUGCACAGAGAUACAGAGACACCAUCAAACCCGCGUGUUCUUACAGACUAGCGGAGGAGCCAGCACGCCUCAACUUCCACAUUCCGAGGAGGAACAAAGAAAAGAGAGCUCUGUUCCAGCACUUAUCCUCAGAGUCCAGAGAGUUCACGGAGAUUUUAAACAUCCUCACCUCCAGCUACAAGGAUCCUGCGUCUCAAGGAAACUUUGUAUACACCAAACCCCGUCUUAUCCACAACGAACUUCUGGAGAAAGAGUUUAUAGAGAAGAGAAAAGAACUGAAGCAGGAUGGACGACCAGAAAAAGAGCUAGCAGAGUCGUUUUGUUUCCUGCUUUGUGACGUCAACAAGGUCCCUUUACUUUGUGAAAAAGGUUUAUCAGUCAACAGCAGCUGGUUAAAUACAUUAGGAAAUUCUUCCAAAGGUGUGUACUUGUGCCAGUUCUCAGACUUACUUCAAAUCAGUCCUCAUGAACCUGGCAGCACUGGUGAAAUCAUUAUAUUUAAAGUAAUAAAGGGUAAAGCAAAGAGCACAUAUGAUAACGUGUCUAAAUGUUUAGACCCUACACCAAAAUUCGACAGCCACUUCUCGAAGAAUGCCAACAGGGCGACCUCGCUGCAGUCGUAUAAGGCAUUCGAGUAUACUCAGCAAUACUUCUAUGAGUAUGUGGAUUUUGAGCUGGUGUCCAGACCGAGGCAUGUGUGUCCGUUUGCUGUGGUUUCCUUUCAGUUUAAGUCCAAAGAAGCUGCAACAGUUUGCCCAAAGCCCCUGUCUGUCCAAAGGUCAAACAGUCUGUCUGCAGGAACAGAGAGGCAUAAUUACACUGUAUGGAACGGGCUCUUUGUCAACGGAGGCAAGGAAGUGUACCAAGCAUGUCUACGCUCCAUCUCGAAACCCUUUUUACCCUUCAAAUUACCAGACAGAAUCGAGAUUGGUAAAGUCAUGAGGCUGGAGCAAGUAAAGGAAGUCAUUCCUUUAGCAAUGCUGACCUGGGGUCUUUAUUCGAGCAGCAGUGAAGUCUUUAAUUGCGGUAUGCACUGCAGUCUGUUUGAGGUGGUCGAGAAAAGCAAAUCAGCAGAGGGCUUGGCUGAAUUGUUCCAGAAACUUGAAGAGAAGGAGUUGGUGUUGGUGAAUGCAGUAAACGACAGAGGUUUUCUCUUCCUCCUGUCCUCAGGCCAAAUGUCCAACCAGUAUGAACGCCGAGCUGUUUGGAAAAAUUCUCGUUUGCUAGCACUUUUCGUCUAUCAACAUACACGAGAUGUGUCAAAAUCAUCUAGACCCUCUACUUAUCGCAUGCCCUUGACGCCUGUGCCGCUGGAGCCUGUAAUGCCACAUCUAAACACUUUUAUACCAGCUCUUCACUACAGCCUCAGCAAAAUACGCGUUAUCGUUCCAUCUAACCCGAGUGCAGCAGUGCAGCAGCAAGCAUACGAAUACCUCACCAGUAUCCGAGAGUCCAAACCCGUCCAGCCAGUCAGACUCAGUUACGACCAGAAACUGGACUACAAGGAGGAGGUCUUUCCUGGUCCGAGACAGAGGUUCAACUGGGAAAGCUAUAUGCGCCCGUACACCUACUUCCCCAGGUUGUUCACGAUACCCGUGGAGAAAGCCACGUCCAUGGUGGAGAGCCUCUGCUCUGUUCCUGACUCUGGUUCUGCUCCAGAGACAGAAGACUGCAUGAAGGAUCAGAGCGAUCCAGAGAGGCUGAUGGAGCUUUUAAAUCUCAUUCAGAUGAAUAAAAACCUGGAGGAGACCGUUCUGAUAGAGAGGAGAUUAGAAGAGGUUGCUUCAGGUGCUCACGGUCUAAAAAGGAAGUUGGAGGAAGAAGUGCAGGAAGUUAACAGCAAGUGUCUGAAAAGGGCCAAUGGACAAGCUGAUGAAUUGAAAGCUGAGGAGCUCAAGUCGUGUCCGUCUUUAACCGACGUGUUAAACAGCAUCGGACUUCAGGACACGGACCUCAGGAAGGACAGGACCCAGGACGCACUGAAGGUGGUGCAGCUACUGGACGAACUUAGCAAAACCGCACUGAACACAGACCAAGCACAAGCUGUGCUGGUUAGCAAGAUGCAAGAGACUCUAAACAAAAGUUUAUCAGAAGCGUCUGUGAAUAAUUUUGAUUCGACAGAAGCGUUAAUGAGCGGUGAAGACCCGGAAAAGACUCUGCACGAGAGCAUGGCGCAGCUGGGCCUCCCAACGAACUGCGACACUGAUCUCCGGCAGCAGUUUGUGGAUGAUGAUGGUGGUGGUGAUGGUGGUGGUCAAGAGAUUCGAGGGAAAAAUUAUUUAGAGGAGGAAACCACCGGUAGCUUAAGUAGCCUGGAGGCUUUCAGUCCCUGCUCAGAUUCCAACGGACAUCAGCGUGGUCUAGUCGUACCUGGAGAAAGGUCAAUCCCCUGGGUGCUUAUCCCCAUAACAGGUCUAAAGACUGAGAGAUACAGCUACAGAAGGGACGCAAGCAUUGAUGAUCCUCGUUUCCUACAAAGUCCGACGGUCUUAACACGUAACGUUGCUGAGAAAAUAGACGAUGCCCCUCCUGAUCUUCCAGACAGCAGUAACAUGGAGGCUGAUCCUAAACCACAGCCAGAAACUCAGCCUGAGCCUGAUUCUGAGGUCGAGUGUGUAGAAGAUCAGGUCAUCAGUCUUAUUGAAAGGGAGGAGCCGAAAGGGUCUGAAUGCCCAGAACUGACCGAAUCAGGCAAAAAAGACAGGAUGCUGUUUAAAUGCGUUGACUCUAUAGUCGAUGAACAGAUUUCUGGCUUCUCAGCCAAGGUUGAGGAACUGCUGAGGGAGGAACGUGUUUCUUAUGAACAUUAUUCAAGCCCUACAGCAAACAAAAACCCAGCACAGACUCCUAUGGUGCCAUUCUCUGAGUAUGUCUCACACUUUAACACACCUUUACCUGUACACAGUUACAUUGACUCAUUCAGAGACAGCGUUAGUGCAUUCAUAGACCCCCGGCGGAACAGUUGGGGUUCUGUUUCCAGUUCUGCUUUUUCAAAUGUUAGUGCACCUCAUCAAUCUUCCAGCACUGCAAAUCCUUCUCCAACAUCCAGCACUCCCAGCAUUGUUCCUCGUUCUGGUUCAACCCUAAUGGAACAACAACAACAACAGCAGCCAGAAAAACUUGGUUUGGUCAACCAACCAGCUGUAGAAGUUAUGCAACGUGUACAUGAUCAGCGGCAACACGAACAGAGCUCAGUCAUAAAGGACGGGCGUGAAGGUCGAGUUCCUCAUCAAACCCAUCGAGAUCAAGCUUUAAAUAAGUCGACUACUAGUCUCGCUGCAGAAGUCCGGCCUCAGUCGACUGACGGGCGAGCGUCUCAUGAAAGUCCGACUGUUGAGGCGGCUCCAGACGCCAUCAGCAGUGUAAUUAGUCAGCUUCAACCAGACGUGUUCGACAACCUGGUAAAGAUCAUGAGAGACAUGCAGAAGAACACCGUCCACUUCCACAUCCACUGUGUGGAUGAGAAGAGUGAUGUAUGCUGGGAAAUAAAGGAGUACUUAACAAGGCUCGGAAAUCCAGAGUGUGAUCCUCAGACUUUUGUUAUGAAAAAGGAGAGUCAAGACAAACUGCUCAUAGUCAUCCAGAAUAUAGACAUAGCAUCUAGCGUUCAUACGAUUCCUGCGUUGGUCUCUCUGAAAAAGCUGCCGUCUGUGAGCUUUGCUGGGGUCGAUAGUCUGGAUGACAUUAAGAAUCACACCUACAAUGAACUGUUCGUUUCUGGCGGCUUCAUUGUCUCUGAUGAAUUCGUCCUGAAUCCGGACUUUAUCUCACUAGACAGACUUCAAGCUCUUCUUCAGUAUCUCGAGGAGCUGAACACACCAGAAAGCCCGUGGAGAUGGAGGGUGCAUUGUAAAACCCACAAAAAGGUCAAAGAGCUCAGCAGGUCUAAAAGUGAAGCUCUGGAUGUACUGAACCUCCUUACAACAUACCACAAGAAACAGAUCGUUGAGUUUCUGUCGUAUCAUGAGUGUGAUUCUCCGCUACACCAGGCACCAGAUCUGAACUGCCUGGUCAAGCUGCAAGCUCAGCACAUUCAACAGCGACAUGUUAUCUUCCUUACAGAGCGUCAGUUUGAGAUGUUUCCACAAUAUUCAAGCAGCGGAAUCGUUAUUGCAAACAUCGAUGACAUCCUGUACAGCAUGGCCAGCCUGAUCGGUGAAUCGUGUGACAAAGCGCCUUCCUCAGACCUCCAGUUCUGCCCGUCUCCUUCAUUGAGAGAAGACAAUGAGGGCCCAAGCUCUGAUAUUCACGUCUCACGCAGGACAUCUGCCCCUGAACACACAACCGAUGAUGGUACAGACCAGGAUUCUGAUCUUACAACUGAUCUGGAUCUGAGUUUAUCCAACAGUCAAGUGGGAGACAAACCAAAUAUGGUUACUCUUCCUUCACCCACCUCUGGGGUACCAAAGGAGCUGGAUUUUGAUGCUUUGAAAGCUGCGAUUUCCCACUUCAGAGUGGCCAGAAUGCAGGCAAGUGCCAGUAAUUCUGGCCAGUCUUCUCCAAGUCCUUUCAUUAACAGUGCUCAUCAAGUAUUCAUCAGUGAGAGCGAUGAGAAGUCCUCUGUUCCUCAGUGCUCUGCAGAUGAGGAUGAUCUUUCAAGUACUUCGACUCCGUCCUUACUGAGCUCUAAAGAUGCUGUGAGCCAAAUUCAGGAGGAUUUCAUGUUGGAAGCAUCAUCUAGUGAAGCACAAACUCAGGCCGAGGCUGUAUCCUCCAUGUCCCAUGUUCAAGACGAAGCUUGUCCAGCCGAUCAUAGCCCUGUCGAGCCAGCGGCCUCCAGAACUAACUGUGCAGACCCUGACACCACUACUGACAUUUUGAGCAACACACAGUCUAUCUGGAGUGACCCGAGUAAAACUGUCCAGUCUGAAAUGCCGGCGAGUUCGAGGAGCAGUGAAAGAGAGAGUCAUGAGAAGAAUGGAACAAAUGUGGAUACUACAAAGAACCUGAGCUCCUCUAGCACUCGAUCAAUCGAAAAUUUAGUAACCGUACGUAAAAAUAACUACCGAGGCCAACCUGGUCUACUUCCAGUGCCCAGAAAUUUGACUUACGGCGUUGGUAACCCUUUAGUCAGCAUGGACGGACUUUUACUCCAGCGCAGCAGUUUGUGGGCUGCUGCUGCUGCUCAAAGGUCAGUGACCAACAGCAUAGGUAUGGUCCCACAGUCGGGUGUACGAGGGCUGCUUCCCAGCAGUAACAUAAACAUGGCCUGGAACAGCCUGACGCAAGGAACCGCGUCAAACGUGCUGGGCAUGCAGCAGCUAGGACAAGUUCAACGGACACAAUACAUCCAGGGCUACGCCUGGCACGGAAAUCAAGGUAACGCGUAUCCUCCUCGUAGAGGGGGCUAUGGCAGCUGGUGAGCCAGCACUGUCUGUAAAUAGUUUUGAAAACGUUCUGAGUUUUAUGGAACUGAAAGGAAAAACUUAAAUGUCCUUUAAUGCCGCCACGCAAGUCAUUGUAUCUGUAUGCAUUUUGUACAGACCACUCUAUUUUGUUAUUGUCUGGAUUUGUUUGUUUGUUUUUUUAACACUACAGGCAGGAGCCGUGCAUGACCUGGUUUUAAUCUUAAUGUUUUUUAUGACAAGGCUGUAAAAACAUGCAUUAAAGCAAGUGUAGCAGCUGUUUAAAUGGCUUCAGGGAGUUUUGAUAUUCAAACUUACACAGACCUUAAAAAUGUACUCUCAAUGACAAACAUAUACUACAUUUAGAAUUCAGAAAUGUAAAAAGCACAAGAUCUAACCUGCCAUGACUUUAAAACCCCUAUUUUUAUUAAUAACCCAUAAAGAAACCAUUUUUUCUUUACUGUAAUAUCAAAAAAUACAACCUUGCUUAAAAAAUCUGUUUAAAUUAAUUUUGUUGCUUGCAGAUGUUUAUUAUUUGUCUUGUUUUGCACUAGAACAGCCACGGUUUUGUUUUUAUGUAGUCAUAUUAAAAAAAUAUAAAAGCAGUAACGCUGUAUUUUUAUUUUAAAGGUUAAGACAGAAUGUCAUUUUUUAAAAGUUCAUAUUACUACAGAUCCUGCCUCCUGGUAAAAAAAAAUGAGCAGUAUUUCUUAUUGACAAGCCGAUUAAACAUUUGUUGAUUUUUCUACAUCAGUAAACACUAGAUGCAAUUCAUUUUAUUUUACUAGUUUUCAGUCACCUUUUCUCUCAUUGGUCUGUAAAUCCCCUUUACUGUUACUGCUGUUAUCCGUUUCAUUUCAUGGCCUGCCUUGUACGUGCACGUCUCUUCGUUUUAUUUAUCAGUGCCUUCAGCAGCAUCCGCUCAGCACUUUAAUUCACGUGAAGCGUUUGAUUCUCCCCUCGUAUUCAGAAACUGUGCAGUUUAUUGCUUCCUGUCUUGUUUUAAGUCACUUUUAACAUUUUUCUCAUUCUGUUGUAGCUAAAUAUUGACUGUUUUCUGUUUGAUUAUUUGUUAAUCGUUUCAUAUCUGUUCCUAUCAUUUUUAAAUCUAAAUAAUGUAAAUGCUCUUUUUUGCACAA